AUGAGCCGCCAUUAUACCGCCACCCGCACUUCGAGCGGGGGAGCCGUCCGCGAGCGCUCCUCUCCGCCACUGCGCCCCUCCGCCUCCCCCCCUUCCGCGUACGCGCUAGACUUCAAGCUCCCCCCCGCAGCAGGGGAGAAUGGCGCAGUGUGGGAUGGCGGAAGCAGUGGCGGAGGGGCAAGAAGCGCGCCGAGCAGGAGAGGGGUUCUGUCAGGAAUGGGCGAGCCUCCCCCUCCGCCCGUUGGCUCUUUCUCCUCCCCCUCCCCCGCCCGCCAUCCCCGCUCCACUAACCUGCACCCCCCCAAAGGCGCCAACUCCGCAAGUCAGCGCAUGCCCCGUUCCGCCUCCGACGCCCAAUCCCCCACCCGCCGCGCUUCCGCCGCGGGUGGCGGCGCUAGGAAAGGGGCGGAGUCCCCUGGAUCUUCCUUGGGAAGAGAGGAGGAGUUAGCGGUUCUAAUGGCUGUAGACUCCCCCUCCGGUGCGUCUGACUCGACUCUCCCGUUGUCUGCUGCGCGGACGCAUAGUGCGGGAGUAAUGGCGGCAGGAGGGAGAGCGCCCGGGGCUUAUUUACGCAGUAGCUCGUUCGCGCUGAUUGCGGGAGGCGCGGAGCGAGUCGCGGCGGAGAGAAUAGCGGAGAGAAGAGCAGCAGCAGCAGCCGCAGCAGCCGCCGCAGAAUCGAGCUAUGGUGGUGGUGGUGUUGGUAAGGGUGGUGGGACAGGGGGUCGUUCGUUCCUGUAUGGACGAGAAGGGGAGGAGGAGGAAGAAGGGGAAGAAGAGGAAGCGGAAGAGGGCGAGGAAGAGGACGAGGAGGAAGAGGAGGAAGAGGAGGAAGAGGAGGAGGAAGAGGAGGAGGAAGAGGAGGAGGAAGAGGAGGAGGAAGAGGAGGAGGAAGAGGAGGAGAGGGGGAAGAGCCGAGAGGAGGGAAACGGUGGCGAUUUCCUUUCCAGACACAGCAGCACGGGGAGUAGAAACCUGCCCAUCCCCACUCCUCCAACACACCCCUCCCCUCCGCCCCACGCAAACCCUAGAGCUCCCCCGAAUCGACCUCUCACCCCGGAACCCCCUCCUAGACGCGCCAUGAGGCCUGAUGCUCCUGAAUCCGGAUCGUAUUCCCCUGAUUCGGGAGCCUAUGGCAGGGGCGAGAGAGGGGCGGUAGGGCGAGUAGGUGGGGAGAGCAAGAGAGGUAGCUGGAGGCUUGCUGCGUUGAGAAGACCGGGUGUAGGGGGUUAUAGUGGAGGUGGUGGUGUGGAGAGAGGUGGUGGUGGUGGUGGUGGGGAGAUGGAUAGGGAGAGCGCUGGGAGUGUGCAGAGCGAUCGGGAGAGGGAGGAGGAGAGCUGGGAGGAGGGGGGGAAGAGGAGGGGUUACGGAGGAGAGGAUAAAGGGGUGGAUGGGGUGGUGGUGAGUCACUGGAAGGGCGACAGAGGGAGUCAGUCUAUGAGAGAGAGUGGGGUUCUGUAUGGAGGGGGGAAAGAGGAGAGAGAGGGGAUGGGUGCAGCGGAUGGGGUAGAUAGAAGGGCAAGAAGGACUCUUACGACGUAUGGGGGAAGUUUGGUGAAGAGUGGGAGUGAGAAGGAGAGAGCGAGGAGUGGGAGUGAGAAAGAGAGAGCGAGGAGUGGGAGUGAGAAAGAGAGAAGUAAAGAUGGAGGUAGUGGGAGAGAGAGGAAGAGUGGGAAGGAGGGAAGAAGUGAGAUGGAGGGAGGGAGUGGGAAGGAGCGAGGGAGCGGGAAGGAAAGGAGUGGCUCCUUAGGAAGACGCAGCAGUGGAAAGGAUGAGAUGGUGGUGGCAGAAGGAACGGAGAUCGGAGAGACGAGUUUUGGUACGUCUCUAAGAUUGUCUUUAGGGAGACGCAGCAGUGUAAAGGAUGGGAUGGUGGUGGUAGAGGGAGCGGAGAUUGGAGAAGGAGAGAGGGAGAGGUCGAAGGAGAGGGAGAAGGAAAGAGAGAAGGAGAGAGAGGGGGGGAGGGAGAGCAAGGAGAGGGAGCGGGAGCGGGAGCGGGAGAGGAGAAAGGAGAGAGAAGGGAGAGGUGAGCGGUCAGGAGAAAAGAGAGUGAGCCGGCAAUCAAGCACUACUAGUGGAGCUGAGGUUAGCGAUGGGGUGCUUAGAGAUAAGGAGAGGAGUGGAGAGAGGGAGAAGAGGGAGAGGGACAAGGAGAGGGAAAAGGAGAAGGAGAAGGAGAGGGAGAAACGGAAAGAGAAGGACAGGGAGAGACGAAAAGAGAGGGAGAGGGAGAAGGAGAGGGAACGGGAUAAAGGACUACCAAGAGAGGGAUCGAGGGGAUCCAGAGAAGGAAAGAGGGAGGGGAAAGGGGAGGGGGAAGGGGAAGGGUCGAAGCGUAGAAGUAUGGAGAAGCACAAGAGUGCGGAUCCUGAGAGAGAGGAGAGGAAGCGAGAGAGGAAUGGGCUGGGUCGAGUUGAUGAGGGGUGUGAAGCAGGGCUAGAUCACACGUGGCCUAGGAAAGGGAGGAGUGGGGAGGGAGGGAGAGGGGUUGACGAGGGUGGUAAAUUGGCGGAUGGAGGGGGAUGGGGCUUGGGUAUUGCAGAAGAGAUGGCUGCAGCUGUAUUGCUGGUUGACCGGGGAGAAGGGGAGGAAUUGGCGAGGGUGGAGGGGAGGGAGGGAGACGAAAAGGGGAGUGAAGUGGAAGAUAGGGUGGAGAGAGAGGGACAUAAGAGGCGAGAGAGGAGUAAGGAGAAGGAUAGAGACAAAGAGGAGAAGGAAAAGGAGAAGGAGAAAGAGAAAGAGAAGGAAGGUAGAGACAAGGACCGGCACAGGCACAAGCACAGGCACAGGGAAAAGGGUAAGGAUGGAGAGAGAGAAGAGGAGAAGGGCAGAGGGAAGGAUAGUGUGAAGGAUGGAGAGGAGGAGCAUAGGAAGAGGCAUGGAGAUCGAGAAAGAGAGAGUGGGAAAGACAGGGAGAAGGGGAAGGAUCGGGAGAGGGAGAAGGAGAAGGAGAGUUUGAGGGAUGGGGAGGGGGAGAAGGAGGAGAAGCAACGGAGUAAGGAGAAGGAGAGAGAGAGGAGGAAGGAAGGUGAGAGGAGCAGGCACAGGGACAAGGAGAAGGGAAGGGAGAGGGAGGAGAGGCACCGGAGCCAUAAGGAUAGAGCAAGGGGGAGUGAGAGAGGGAGUCAGAGGGGGAGUGGGAGAGGAGAAGAGGGUAGGACGGGGGAGGAGGGUUCGGCAGGUUUAGGAUCAGGUGAGAUUUCAGGUGAAUUUUCAGGUGUGCAGAUUGAGAGAGAGGAAAGUAUUGCGAACAGUGCUGCUGGGCCGGCAACGCCUGGUAAGGAUAAGCAGGAGCGAGAGGAAAGGAAGGAGAAAGAGUGGUCUAGGCAUGCUCAUGGUCAUAGAGAGAGGGAUACGGAGCGGGAGAAAGGAGACAGGUCGAGCCGGCAUAGGCACAGAGAUAAGGACAAGGAUAAGGAUAGGGAUAGGGAUAAGGAUAGGGAUAAGGAGAAGGAUAGGAAGCAAGAGAAGGAUGGAGACAGGGAGAAGGAAAGGGGGCGGGAGGAGAGGGAAAAGGAGAAGGGUCGGAGCAGUGGGAAAGAGAGAAUCAGGGAUACGAUUGAGGAACUUGGGGAUGGUGGUGAUAGGGACAAAAGCAUGGAAGAGAAGGACGCAGAUAUGCAGUUGAAGGAAAGAGAGAGAGGAGGCGAACGAGACAAGGAGAAGGAGAGGAGGAAGGAGAGAACGAGGGAGAAGGAGAAGGAGAAGGAGAAGGAGGAGAAGGAGAAGGAAGGGAGGGGUGUGCUGGAGAGAGAUCAGAGCACUAGUAGCUCGAGAGGUAGACACAGGGACAAGGGCAAGGAGAAGGAGAUGAGCAAGGAUCGGGAGAAAGACAAGGAGAGGAAGAAGGAGAAGGAAAGGGAGAGGGGCGGAGAGAAGGAGAAGGAGAAGGAGAAGGAGAAGGAGAAGGAGAAAAACAAGGAAAAGGGAUCGAAGGUGAGGGAGAGGCAGGGCAGUGGGAGGAGCAUUGACAGUGGUAUCAGCAGGAGUGAGUCUGGGGAACAUUCGAAGGUCUCUCGCUCUUCGAGCCGCAGCAAGAGUGGUGGUGGUGGCAGGGAGAGAGAGUCGAGACAGAGUAGUCUGGGCCGGGAGGAGAGAGGCGUGGUGAAGGAGGCAGCGGAAUUGCAGGAGCAGGGGCAGGAACAGCAGCAGGGGGAGCAGCAGGAGCAGCAGCAGCAGGAGGAGGAGGAACAGGAGAAGGAGCAGCAGCAGCAGGAGCAGCAGCAACAGGAGUUUGAGCAGCAGCUGGAGCGCAGGGAGAGGAGGCGCGAGCGCAGCCGCUCCUGGAUAGACGAGCUCCUGCCUGACUCCGUCACGUUUGAGGAAACUGGCUUGGCCGGGCCGGGCGGGAUAGGUUCGGAGGGAGGUGUGGGACAGGGAGGAGUGGGAGCAGGUGGGGUGGACCCGUGUGGAUUGGACUUGCUUGCAGCUGCUGCUGCUUCCGGGACGGAGUUUGCGUUUCUGGUGGAGGGGACUGGUGAGGGUGGUGGGUGUGUAGGGAGCGGUGGUGGGAGCGAUGGGGCUGGGGUGAGAGAUGGUGGCGAUGGGGAAGCAGCGGCGGAUGCAGCGGGAGGAUUAGGAGGAGCAGGGGCAGCAGCGGAAUCGAAAAAGGAGGUGCUAGAUGUGAGGCAGCUUUCAAGGAAGAUAUCUGGUGGGCUUGGUGGGCUGCUGGCACGGGGGGCAUCAGGGGAAGCGAGUGGCAGGAGCCGGCAUGUGCGGCAAGGCAGCAACGGGCUUCUCUCACCACCCUCGUUUGCUCUUUCUGAUGCCACCGCUGGAUCCUCUUCUGCUUCUGCCGCCGCCUCUGCAGCUUCUGCCUCUGCCGCUGCCUCUUCUGCGAUCUACGCUGCUCCCUCUGCUGCUGUGUCUGCUGCGUCCCUGCCUCCCUCCCACCCUGGUUUGAUCUCCUCCGCGCAAUUGCUCCCUCCUCCCCUGCCGCGUCCGUCAUCCUCAGCUAGUCACAGGCGCCUGGGAUCGAUUGGAGAGAGGGAUGGAGAGGGAGAGGAUGGAGGCGAGGGAAGGGAUGAAGAGAGCGGGGAGGGAAGGCUGGGAAGGGCACGAGAGGGAUAUGCACCUGAUUCGGGGUAUGCUCCCGAGGUGUCUCCUUGGGCUGGUGAGUAUGGGAGGAGGAGCCAACGGGAGCAGAGUGGCGGGGAGAUUCGUGGCGGGAGGUAUGCAGGCAGAGAGAGGUUUGCGAGUGAGAGAUUCGCAGAGGGAUUUGCAGAGGAGGGAUUCGCAGAGGAGAGUGGAGAGCGAGGGUAUGUGAGGGAGAGGGGCUAUAAGGAAGCGGGUGGGUUGAGACGAGGGGAUGGGGAGAGAUUUAGGGAGAGAGGCGGAAUGGGAGGAUGGGAAGGACGUGGAAAUGGGUGCGAUGGGAGUGAAGAUGAGCGGGCUGAUGAGAGAGAGAUUAGAGGAGAUGGGGCGAGAGGAGGCUUGAGGGGUGGUGGGUUGAACGAGCGGCGGCGGAGGAAUAUGGGGAUGAGGGGGUUCGGAGGGAGGGGACGGAUAGGGGGGAGUGAGAGAUGGGAGGGCGAGGGAGAGGGGAGAGUGGGAAUGAGAAUGGGGAAGAGGGGAGGAGGGAGGGGGGAAGGAGGGAAGGGGGCAUGGGGUGGUGGUGCUGAGUCGGGAUUUGAGCUGGUGAGACGUGAGGGGCUUAGAGGUAUGUCCAUGAAGCGAUAUGCAGUAGCAGAGGCGGAAUGGGCGCAUGGUGUACGCGGAGAUGAGGGAGAGGCUGCGGUGGAGGACGAUGAGGUGGAGGACGAUGAGGUGGAGGAGGUUUUGGAGGAGGGGGAGGAGUAUGUUGGUAUGGAUGCGUACGGGGUAGGAGAGGGGGAGGUGAUGGGGAGAUAUGGGACAGAGAGCCAGGUUUUUACUGUGUGUCGUGGUGAUGAUGCUGAUGAUGAGGGUGAUGGGAGUGGUGAUAUUGAUGGUGAGUUAGGGGUGUUAGAGGAGCGAGAGGAGGAGGGAGCAGCGGAGGGAAGGGGGGGAUCGGUGAGGUAUAGGGAAGGAGAGGAGGAAUAUGGAAUAGAGGUGUUUGGAACAGAAGGGUUGGGAUCGGAGGAGUAUGGAGAGGCGAGUGAGUUUGGGUCCUCACUGGAUGAAGAACUAGAGGAGGAGAUCGAAGAGGAGUUGGAGGAACUGAGGGGACGCAGGGCUGAAGCGCAAAGGAUACUGGAAGAGGGGGAAGAGGGUGGGGUGAUUGGGCGAAGGGCGGAGGGGGAGGGGGAGGAGAGAGGGGCGGGUGUAAGGGGAGGGGUAGGGGAGGAGGGCAGAGAGGUGGGCAGAGGGGAAGGUGGGGAUGGGGAGGAGGAUGAGGAGGAGGGGGAUGAGGAUGAGGAGGAGGAGGAGUAUGAGGAGGAGGAGGAUGAUGAGGAGGAAGAGAGCGAUUCUCUUCCAGACGAGAUGAUGUUUGUUCGUUCCCUCUCCACACUCCGCCGCCCGGAGAUCGGGCAGACGUGCAGCUCUGUGCGCGCUAGCAGGUAUGCUUAUAGGGAGUUUGGCGUUAUCGCCAAGGCUCGUGCAGAGGCGCAGGAAGGGAGGAGCCACUGGUCGUGGCUGUUUGCUAACCCCGGUGCUUCAUCUGCUGCUAGCUUCGCGGACCUGUCCCCUACAGCUGCUGCCGUGGCUGCUGCUGCAGCAGCAGCGCACGCAGCAGCAGCGGCAGGGUCACCUGGAGGAGGCAUGGUAGGAGGAGCAAGGGGAGGAGGAGGAGGGCCGGGUGGAGGAAGAGGGUUCGUAUCCCCUUCAGGUGCAGCAGCAGCAUCUCUCCCGUCUCCCAAGUAUCCGGGAUCGAGCUUCAGGCGGCUCGCUCCUGGGUUUGGAAAGGCCUCCAACACAUCAGGAGCGGGUGCAGCAGCAGGAGCAGCAGCAGCAGCAGGAGCAGCAGGGGCAGCAUCAGUAGGGGCAGGCAGCAGCAGCAUGAGCAGUCCUGGAGCAAGCACCCCUACCUCCCCCACGCACUCCUCCUCGGUGUGGAAUCCCUGGCGUGAUGCUACUUCCUGGCGAGACACCUCAUCUGCUUCCUCCUCCUUCUCCUCCUCCCCCUCCAUUCCUCGCCCCUCCACUGCUGCUGCUGGGCCGGUCGGCUCGCACUCUCCCCUUGCCCCUCCUCCCCCGCUGUCCCCGAUUCCUCCCUCCCCGGUGAGUUCGUUUUGGGGGGGACAACAGCAGCCACAGCAGCAGCAGCAACAGCAGCAGCAGCAACAGCAGCGGCCUGCUACCUCUGCUGGGUUUCGCAUGCUUCCUCCCGCUCCCAUUGCCACCCCACAGCACAGCCCUGACCAGUUCCGUAUGCACAACCCUACCGCUGGUACUAACGCUGCUGGUGCUGCGGGUGCUGGUGCUUACUCCGCUCCCACCUCCCCUACUGGACGCAACAGCAACGCAGCUGCCGGUCCCCCUCCUUCUCCUCACCCUCCUCCUGCCGCCCGCCAUGCUCCCCCGCCCACUGUUCCAGGUCUUCCCGCCUGGUUAGACCUGCUUCCAGCCCCCCAUCUGUCUGCGUGCCGUGUCUUUGUUAGUAGGUGUCUCAGGGCUGUUCUCACCGGGUGUUUUGACAGAGCAGGGCCUUUGGCAAUUCGAGGUGCUGCUGUUGCGACGAAGGCUGCUGCGGCGGCGGCGGCGGCAGCGGGAGGGGCAGGGGCAGGUGCAGGGGGACAAGGAGGAGGGGUUGGAAAAGGAGGGAUGAAGGGGAAGAAGGAGAAGAAGAGGAGGAGGAAGGAGAGGAUGGGAAAGGGAGAGAUGGGUGGGAGGGAUGGACGGCUGAGAGGGUCUGGUGGUGCUGGUGGUACUAUGGUUGGCAUUUUUCAUCUGGGUGUUGAUGCCGAUGCUGCUGGUGAUGCAAGUGGAAAUCCCAGUGCUGAUCGCACAAACAGCAGCAACAACCAUAUCAACAAUGGCGGCGAGGAGGAGGAGGAGGAAUCAGAUAACUCUGCUGCUGAAGACUCUGACAGUGAGGAUAGCGAGAACGAGGAGGAGGAGGAUGAGGAAGAGGAUGAGGAUGAGGAAGAUGAGGAGGGCAGCAACAGCGACACCCUUCCGCCCAUCUGGUCUCCCCCUCCGCUCUCCACUCUCGCCGAAACCACACUCGCCGAGGGCAUCGCACGCGCCAAGCACAGCAAUCUAGCGGAGCGCUGCCAAGAAAUCGACCGCCUAUACUACUCCUUCGACCUCGGCCCAGGCCUCCUCGCCUCGAAUCUCUCUGCUGAAGCUCGGGAGUUGAGGCACUUGCAUCCGGAGGAUAUACUCGCUUUGGCGGCUCAUUUGACACGGAUGAGUUUGCACGAGCCAGCGUUUCACUUGGGGUUGCGGGCGGUCUCGUCGGGGAGGCUGACCGUGGUGCAGUUUAAACAGGUGCUGCGGAUGGUGUUUGCGAGCGGGGGAACGGAGACGUUCAGUGCGAGGUUUGCCCGCCUUGCCACGACGGUGAAAGCGGCCGCUCUCGCUCCUCCCGCUGCGGCUGCCGCGGCGACGGUUACCGCGGUAACCGCUGCAGUUGCGACAGCAGCAGGGGUGGACGUGGCGUUGCUGCCGCAACCGCCGUCGCCCCCACCUGCUUCUGUCUACAUCGGUAUGUUUGCUGAUGCGUUGCUGAGAGGGAAGGCGGCAAGGCGGCACCACCCGUGGGCGUAUGAGGUGACUCUUAACUUCCUCCGGAUGAAUCUGAGAGCCGCUGCUGUGGGUGUGUGUGCGGGACCGGGGGGUAUGAGAGGUGCAGGAGGUGCAGCAGGGGCCGGAGGGGCCGGAGGAGGAGCAGGAGGAGCAGGAGGAGGGGAUGGAGGGGGAGGGAGAGCGGCUCUUGAGACGUUGGAACAGGAGCUGUUAGCUCAAGUGACGCUGAAUAGAUGGCUGGGACGCGGGCUGUCGAACGCGCUCUCAGGGGCGAUGGUACCUAUAGAGCAAGGGGAGGAGAGGGCGAUAGAGGUGAUUGAGGAGAUGGUUGCACCCCAGGUGGCUCUGGGAUGGGGGGUGUGGCUGCGAGUGGGGCGGCUGGUGGAAGGGGAGAGGAGGCGGCUGCCAGUGCUUCUGGAGUCAAUGCAAGUCAAAUCAGUCAUGCACACGUAUAAGGGUAUAGACGAGAACGGGGAGUCAUCUGAUUCACUCUCCCUGGCGGUGUUUGACUGGGGCGCCAGGGGUCUGUGUAAGCACCUGCCAGCAGACGACCCGGCAGCCGCGGUGCUGGAAGUCAUCUACCCUCUUGACGAGGAGCGCGUGUCCCUCGUGCUCUCGCUGUCUGCGCGCAUCGCUGCCACGCACGCGCACGGGGGGAAGUGGCCGGGUGUGGACGCGCCCGUGCUGGUGGCGCAGCUGCUGACUCUGGCUGAGCAAUGGCGCAUGGACAGCCGGCAGAUGUCGCGCGCUGUGAACGUGGCGUCUCUGCUGUGGGGCUGGGCACUGCCCAAGCGACAGCAGCUGCUGCAGCAGUGUGGGUCCGCGGACGAGGCAAGGGAGGUCAUGGAGCGCAGUGCCUCCUCCAUCUGGCGCUCUGUUGCUGCCUCCAAUGCUGCUGCCACCGUGCUGCCACCGGUGGAUCGAGCCGGCAAUGAGGUUCCUUUUGCACCUGCUUCCAGAGCUGCUCCCGCUGAGGCCUCUUUUGGCGCGCCUCUUAAGGCGUCUUUUGAGGCGCUCCCAAAUAUGGCCAGAGCGGGGAGUAAAUCUCAUCGUGAAGCUUCUUGA